AUGGUGGUGAAUGAUGGAUGUAAGUGCAAGUAUCACGUGUGGCGACCAGACAUAGACAUCAUAAGGCAUGAAGUAACUUUUAAGCCAAUCAAUUUGGAUAUAUGUUGUAGUUGCAAGCUGUUUUCAGAAUUGGGAAUACUUUGCUGCCAUUGCUUACGUAUACUUCAUGUGCACUGUGUUUCUAGUAUUCCCAAUAAAUACAUUCUAAAAAGAUGGACUAAAAAGGUUGUUGAGGGUAGAAAUGUGGACAUUGCAUCCGUGUUUUAUAAUGGUGGUGUCCCUUCUUCAAUUUGGGCUGUUGAGAUUAGUAUGAAAUUUCAAAGGCUUAUUGUUUGUAGUCAAGAUAACAAUGUUGCUAGACAAUUCUGUGAUGAAGCUGUUGAGAAUGCAAGGAAAAACAUUGAAGCUGAGAUUGGGGAUGUGAAUAUUGAGGAGGGUGCUGUGUCUUCGUCAAGUGGUAUUGUCCAAGACCCUUCAAGCCGGAGGAGUAAAGGUGUGGGAAAUAAAAGGAGUAGUAGUGUUAUUGAGAAGAAGUACAAUGCAACAAGGGGGAGAAAGAGUGCUGCAAACAAGCUUGCUUCAAUUACAAAGGGUCCUGUUCAAUCAUUGGUCUUGGAAAAUAUUUCAGAGAUUGCUCGUGAUGGAUAUCUCGUACAUCCAAGCUCUGGGGGUUCACAAUUUGUUCAUUUUAAUAAGAAUGUAGAUAUAGAUUGA